CCCCACCUCUUAUUGUUCUAAGUUUGAAGGGAAGUAGACUCAAUCCGACCUAUUCUCUUAAUCAGCAUGAAGAUCUCACACCUCAUUGCUCUUGCUACCUCUGUGACGCUUGUCGCCGCAAUGGAAGAAUUAAAACUUAUUUAUCUGGAACCUGAAAUUAGAUUCUUAGCCUGUACUGGGUUGCUUGCUAAGACAGCUACUUUAUUUGGUAAGAAGGAUAAGAAGGGUUAUUGUAAUGUCAAGAAUCAAGUUGCAUUGGGAAGUGCAGCCCAUUGUUUUGUCGACAAUAUGAAUAAGAAAGGUGUUAAUUAUUUCAUUGAAGAGUGUGAAAUAACAGAAGAACAAUUCUAUGCUGCCUAUGACAAUGCUACUCAAUAUUUGGUUGACGUUACCAAGGUUGAAGGUUUCAACAAGACCAAAUUACUCUCUAGUCCAAUUAAAUUGAAACAAGUGGCAGUGAAUAGAGCUUACGAUUCUAUCUACACCCGUUGGAUUAACUAUAACUACGCUACUUGGUAUUCAGUAGUCUUACUUAGUUAUUGGUUUGCUGCAAUCUUUAUUGCUGGUAUCUGUAACUUCCUUUCGUUCGCCUUCCCAGAUGUUUUAAGUUUCUUCAAUGGUAGUGCCUCAAAACUUUUCAGAAAGUAUAUCACUCUUCCAGCAACAAUAAGAAGAAAACAUGCCGCUAGUGGUUCCUUUAUGUACAUUUUCGCAGGAUUAAUCCCAACUAGAUUAGAAUCAAUCUUGGUCUUGGGAUGGUUUAUCUUAGCAUUGGUUUUCAAUAUUGAUCAUAUUGAUCAUGUUUCACAUAACUUUGUUUGGGCUAGUACGAAGGCUGAAAUGGGUAGAAAGAUUGCCGAUAGAUCUGGAAUCAUCGCUUGUUAUCUCGUUCCCAUUCAAAUCUUAUUUGCUGGUAGAAAUAACUUUACUCAAUGGAUUUCUGGAUGGUCAUAUUCUAGAAUGAUUCUUUUACAUAGAUGGAUCUCAAGAAUUACCUUCAUUUUGGUUUUGGUUCAUACCAUUGCUAUGUCUAUUUCUGGUGUUGCACUUGGGAAGUUUGUUUCCCGUAACAACAAGCCAUAUGUUAUUUGGGGUUAUGUUGCUACUGUUGCUGGAUUCAUUAUUCUCAUUCAAGCCAUGAUGAAGUUUAGAAACAAGAAUUAUGAAUUAUUCCUUGCUAUUCAUAUUCUUUUCGCCGUUUUCUGGAUUGUUGGUGGCUGGAUUCACGUUGCCGACGAUGGAUAUGAACGGUUCUACAUUGCGGCAGUUGCAGCAUGGUGCUUUGAUAGAGUAAUGAGAUUUGCUCGUUUAUUUGCAUUUGGUAUUCAAACAGCUCAUGUUCAAUUGAAGGCUAACGAAACCUUGAAAGUUACUGUACCAAGACCAAAAUACUGGAAGCCUUUCCCAGGUUGUCAUGCCUUUGUUCAUUUCAUGAGACCUACAUGUUUCUGGCAAUCGCAUCCAUUUACUAUUGUUGAUUCGGUAGAAAAAGAUAACACAAUCGUAUUUUACAUGAAGGUUAAAGGUGGUGCAACUCAUGGAUUGUACCAAUAUUUGGCUCAACAACCAGGACAUGCUGCCAAUAUUAAGAUGUCAGUUGAAGGUCCAUAUGGUAACAGAAUCCCAAUUUCCAAAUAUUCUACCAGUGUAUUUUUAGCUGGUGGUAAUGGUAUUCCAGGUUUAUAUUCUGAAGCCAUUGAUUUAGUUAAGAAAUCUUCUGGUGAACGUAAGAUUAGAUUUUACUGGGUUAUUCGUCAUUGGAAAUCAAUGGAAUGGUUUUAUGAAGAGUUGAAAAAAUUCGAAGGUACUUGUGUUGAACCAAUUGUUUAUGUCACUCAACCAGGUUCAGGUUUGGUUGAACCAAUUGGUAGUAGCGAUGAAGCCUCUUCAUCUGAUGAUGAAAAGAAGAACGAUGUGGAGAAAUCUGAAGAUCACGUUCAAAAUUUAAUGCAAAGUCUCCAUUUUAUUGAGUUCCGUGAAGGUAGACCAGAUUUGGAUGCUAUUGUUAAACAAGAGAUUUCAGAAUCAGAUGGACCAAUUGGAAUCGUUUCAUGUGCUCACCCAUCUAUGGUUCAUGGGAUUAGAUAUGCUGUCACUCACAGUUUGGAUGCUUCCAAGCAUCGUGUGGAUUAUUUUGAACAAAUCCAAUCAUGGUAAUUAUUUCAUAGAGUAAUGGUUUUAGAAGAUAG